UAUUGAAGUUCUGGGAAUAGUUUUUUUCCCUUCUGAUCUCACUAUUUAUUCAACGAAUCGAAUCAUAUCUAUCAUAUGAAAUUGGCGCUCAUUUUACAUGAACCUAGAAAAGCUUCAGCUCGUGCGAUUGGUAGAACCAAAUUAGCAGUAUUAGAUGUAUCAAGUUUUGAACGACUUAUGGGUCCAUGUGUAGAAAUUAUGCAACGUGAACUUGGUCAUUAUCGUAAUCAAUUAUUAGAAAGCUUGGGACCUGAUGAAAUAAGUAAAAUUCCUUCAUUGGCUAAAUUUGUAGAAUCUGAAAAAUAAUCCUUAUUAUUAUUAUUAUUGUUAUUAUUAUGUGAAUCAUUUUAAAAAAUACAUGAGAUGUGUUCAUUUGGAACUAUUAUUAUUAUUAGUAGUAUUGCUCAUUGUUUCCAUAUGACUGAAUGAAUAAACAAGAUGUUUGUUAACUUAUUGUAAGUGUAUGAAUAUUCAAUAUUUCUAUUCUGUCUUUUACACUUUACAGAAGAUAUUUAAAAUAAACAUUAAUUAUAAUGAAAAUAUUACUAAAUAUGAAGAUGAUAUUUCACUGAUGUAUUUAUUCAUUGUGUGUAUUUCAUCCUUGAAUUUAUAGACUACAAUUGUACACUUGAUGAUUAUCUAAUGUUUAUUUAUUCAGUUAUCUCAUGUUAAUUUUUCACUUUAUCAUGUAUAUACCUUAACUGAAUGUUUAAUUGAACACUUGAAUAAAAAGUAAUCAGUAAUAUAAGAUACAUUAAUAUAAUUGUUUUGCUUUUAUUUUAUAGACCAAUAAAAAUAGUGGAA